CGGUAAUGCUACUAAACGUUUGUUGCCAACCGUCAAUAAAACCAAGAAAAAGAAGAAAGAAACAGUAGAAGAAGAAAAAAAGACGAAGAAGGAGAAGAGAAACUCCUCUUGGGGCGGAGUGACUCCAACAGGAACAUCCGGGGAAAACAGGAAACAGUUUAGAGAGAAAAGUCGGAGGAAACGCACGUGGAUCAUUUUCGUCUCGGACUGAAAUCAAACUAACACUGAACAAGGAGAACAGAGAGAGAACUGAGCGACUAGAGACACAAACUGCUGGAGGACGAAACAACAAGCAAAUCAGAGUAAAACUUCACUCCGAGGAAACAAAAUGGCUUCCAGAUCAGACGAUGAUCUCUGCUGUCCGAUCUGUCAGGAAAUAUUUAAGGAUCCGGUUAUUCUGUCAUGCAGCCACAGUUUCUGUAAGGAAUGUCUGCAGAAAUGUUGGAGAAGAAGAACUGGUCGCUCAUGUCCUGUUUGUAGGAAAAGAUCAGCAUCAGAUGCUCCUCCCUGUAAUCUGGCUCUGAAGAAUCUGUGUGAGUCUUUCCUACAGCAGAGAAACCAAAAAGCUCCAGAGGGUCUCUGCUCUCUGCACUCUGAGAAACUCAAACUCUUCUGUCUGGACCAUCAGCAGCCAGUGUGUCUCGUCUGCAGAGAUUCAGAAAAACACACCGAGCACAGAUUCAGAGCCAUCGAUGAAGCUGCUCAGCAACACAGGAAGAAUCUUGAGGAAACUCUGGAGCCUUUAAAGGAGAAGCUGGAGCUCAGGAAGAAAGUUCAGGAGGAGUUUGAUCAGACAGCAGAACACCUGGAGGUCCAGGCCCGACACACAGAGAGGCAGAUUGUUGAGCAGUUUAAGAAGCUUCACCAGUUUCUAGCAGAGGAAGAGGAGGCCAGGCUGGCUGCACUGAGGGAGGAAGAGGAGCAGAAGAGAGGGAUGAUGGAGGAGAAGAUGGAGGGGGCUCUGAGCAGAGAGAUAGCAGCUCUUUCAGACACAGUCAGAGCCACAGAGGAGGAGCUGAGAGCUGCAGACGUCUCAUUCCUGCACAACUACAAGGCUGCAGUGGAAAGAGUCCAGCGCCGCCCCCUGCUGGAGGAUCCACAGCUGCCCUCAGGAGCUCUGAUAGACCAGGCCAAACAUCUGGGCAACCUGGCCUUCAACAUCUGGAGCAACAUGAAGGACAUGGUGACCUACACUCCUCUGGUUCUGGAUCCAAACACGACUAGUCCAUUUCUCCAUCUGUCUGAAGAUCUGACCAGUUUGACUUUAGGAGAGGAACAGCAGCUUCCUGAUAAUCCAGAGAGGAUUGAUUAUUACUGGUCUGUUCUGAGUUCUGAGGGUUUUAACUCGGGGAACCACAGCUGGGAUGUUGAUGUUGGAGACAGUUCAUUCUGGGAUCUUGGUGUGUUGGAAGAGUCUGUAGAGAGGAAGGGAGUCAUAGAGUCUGGAUCUUUUAAUAUUUGGUGCUAUUUAGGUGAAUACUCAGCACAUUCUCCACCAGCUCCUCCCACUGGUCUCUCAAUCCGGAAGAAAGUCCAGAGGAUCAGAGUGAAUCUGGACUGGGACAGAGGAAAACUGUCCUUCUCUGACCUGGAUACUAACACACACAUACACACCUUCACACACACCUUCACACAGAAGAUGUUUCCAUACUUCUACAUUAAUAAAACAUUAAAGAUCCUACCAAUGAAGAUCUCAGUGAUCAAACAGCAGCUCUGAUGAUCUCAGCAUGAAGAUGAAAUUCAUCCUUAUUGAUCAGAUGAUUGAUUGGUUUUAUGAUUGUUUGCUGGUCUGUUGAAUUUCUCCUUUUUAAAUUCUGUUUUUAAUCAGGAAACUGGAGAUGAUCUGAUCAUUUGGGGACUUUUUCCAUUUCUGUAUGUUUUUUACUGAAAUGUUUUGAAUGUUUAUUAUUUACAGAUUUAUGUAAAUAAAUUACUAUUAGAUCAUUGAAAGAACAAUGAGAAGCUUAGUAAACAUAUUAAUACCUUGUAAGAGUGUUUGUUUUUCAAGACUUUUUAAAAUCAAACCACCAAAAUCUUCAGUGAGUUUAACUUUUGCUGUUUGUUUUAUUUAUAAAGGAUUAGAAAGUUAAAACAACUUUUUCAUCACAACAUGUGUCCAACCAUCUGCACUUCUUGACUGGUAAACAAAAUAAAUGUACACAAAAAUCCCAGAUAAACAAAAUUAGAAACAUAAAUUUAUUACUUCAUCUUCAUUCUCUGGAAAGAAAUAAAAAAUAAUCUAUUUCAAAUGAUUAUAUUUCCUGAAUGUCUCUUGUUGAUCUGAAACAGCAAAAAUAAAACCAAAUAAAACAGAUAAAGUUAUCAGGUUUGUUGGGAUUAAUGGCUUCAUGAAUCU